CUCACCCUGGAGCAGGUAGAGCCCCUGGUCCACAGCAGACUGGCUAACAUCCAGUCAGCCUUAAUGGCAGAUGACCCCGACAGAACAGGCCUGGUGAGCAGAGGGGAGUUCAGGCGAGUGCUGAUGAGCACGUUGUCUCUCAACCAGAACCAGCUGGACGCCGUGCUCAGUGAGGUGUGUGACAGUGGAGGGGUGACCGUGGACUACGUGCGGUUUCUGAGGAGGUUCGGCCGAGCGUCCCCGGCCCUCAGAGCCUGCAGCAGGAGCAGGAGCAGUGUGAGGUACACACACACGCGCAUUGCAUUUGCACAUUUAGACAUGAGCUGCAUGUUCCCUAAUCAGUCUGUUUAUCUCAGACGAGGCGUACAGAGCACUUCCAUGUCCCUGCCGGAGAUACAGAAGCUCCUAAAAGAUAAGAUAGGAGGCAACCUGAGAACUGUGAUCAGAGUGUUUCGCCUGUUUGACUACAACCGAGUGGGACACAUCCAAAGGAACGAGUUCCACCGCAUCCUGGACAACUACUGCAUACGUCUGACAGACAAGGAGUUUCAAAGGUUGUGGAAUCACUACUGUCCCAGUGACACUGGCGUCAUCUCCUAUGAACUGUUCUUGGACAAACUAGGCUUUGGUGACAGACAUGACUUCAAGAUUGCACCAGUAUGCACUAAGUUAGAUUUGUCUAGCCGAGCACCAAGUCAGUGUGAGAAAGUCAAAAAGGGGAAGCAGAGACCAGAAUCUCCAAGCAGCUCAUGUAACGCACCAUCAGGCCCGCCACACGGGAAGCUGCAGACCCUCUUCUAUGAUAAGAUGUGCAUGAAUUCUUGCCCGGUGUGGCAAGCUCUGCAGGCUUUUGACUCCACCCACUCUGGCCUGGUAAAAAGAGAUGUCCUCAGGGCUGUUCUGAGCAGCUUUAUAUUUCCCAUGGACCCUCUCUCCUUUGAGAAGCUCACCAGUCGCUAUGGUGUGAGAGCAACAGGACCAGUGAGGUGGAAACACUUCUUGGGCCAUUUCAUCAGUCCAGACAAUGAGGAGGGUGAUGCAAAGCUGCACUCUGACAGGGCCUCUGAGAAGCAGCCUGCCCUACAUGCUGACAACUUUGAUUUCCAUAACAUUUACCCCAGUCUUAAAGAGAUCCUGAAGCUCCUGGUUACGAAAGAGGCAGGUUGCAUCACCAGGACAGAGCUCCAACAUUUUCUGGAGAGUUCAAAUGGGACCCAGCCCCGAACCCCAGACCUGGCCCGCCUUUCAAGUUCCCAGAUCACAGAGCUGCUCGACCUAAUCGACCCUGGAUGCACUGGCGUUAUCCAGUUGGCGAGCCUCGAGCGACUCAACCCCGGCGUUUCCUCCGCUUCCACAGGCAACGAGGCACCGCCGCCCCCGCUGCCUAACACCACCGAGCCCCUGGACGUCCACGAGGACACGGCAGACAGCGCUGAGGAACAAGAGCCUCCAGAUAGCAGAAAGACCCCACAGUGGGCUGGCAGAGCGACGGAGGCAUCUGCUUCAUCGAAAAGAGUGGAGAGUUUGCCGCUGGACAAACUGUGUGAGCAGCUCAGUUCACUGCUCGCGGCUCUGGAGCUCUGUGACCCUGAGCACACUGGAUACGUCUCACAGGAAGAUCUGAAGAAGGUUAUAAGCAGCUGUGGCAUGCCCAUCUCAGACACACACUUCAAAAAGCUUUGUGCAUCCUCUUCCACCUCUGGACCCGGCAGUACUUCCAUGUUAGUUUCCUACAGUGACUUCCUGAGAAACCUGGGAGUACCGUCAACGGAUGUAACGCACACACCCUCAUUUUGCUGCCCCCACAAGAAAACAGAGCAUGCUGAGAGGCCCUUCACAUCGCCCCAGUCAUCCCUGCGGUCUCUCAGACAACCGCAGCCUUCCUCCUGCCAGCAGGUUGUUCCAGGUGCCUGUGACAUCCAGGAAAUUGUCUUCCAGAGGAUGAGGUCAAAAUUAGAUGAACGCCACAUCAGCUUGAGUGACCGCAUUCAGGCCAUCAUCCGGAGAGCUGAUGAAUCUGAUGACAGACUGUCAGAGGAAGACCUACGGAAGAUACUAGAGGACAGCUGGGUCAUCUUGGACCACGAGCAUUUCAGCAAAUUUAUGGAACUGCUGGGCUUCAGGGACGGAUGGAUUGAGCGCUCAUUGUUCCAAGCGAAGUAUGAGGAGGCCACUACAAGACACAACCUGGGCUUGGAGGUCAACCCCCUCAUCACUUCAGCUGAGCAGGUUCUGGGUCUCAUGAAGGCUAGGAUCAAGAUCAUCCAUGGGGACAACCUCACGGCGUUCCGGCUGAUGGACAGGAAGCGUAAAGGCGUAGUGGACUGCCAAGAUUUCAGAGUGCUCUUCAACAGCUUGAGGUUUCUCUGCAGGGAGGAGGAAUACCAGCGGCUAGUGGAUCUCAUCGGCCUGCACCCCGGGGGCAACCUCAACUACGCGGAAUUUGUAGAUAUUGUUGAAAAUGGUGGCAAACGCAAACAAGACACUCAAACAGCUCGAAUACAACAGCAGCUCCAUGAACUCUUGGCCUGCGAAGCACGCAACAAGUGGGCAGACAUGUCUAAGGUACUCUUACAGUACGACACAGAGAGCCAGGGUUGGAUCUAUAAAAAGAGCUUGAGGGGAUUUCUCUUCACCUACGCUCUUCCCUUAAGAGCCGAUGAGUUUGAACAGUUUUGGUCAAGGUACGACUCAGAGGGGAGCGGUCGGGUAGCAGUUUGUGACUUCUUGGAAAAGCUUGGUAUCCAUCACAAUGAAGAGCUGAUGCCUUCAAACCUAAAGCUGAACCAAACAGUUUCCCAGCAGGAAAGCAACAGCCCAGUGUCUGCUGACGCUGCCUUGCUGGAUCAUAUAGAGCAGGUAUUGCAAGAGAAUUGUGAGAGGGUGAGCGAUGCCCUGACUCACCUGGAAACCAGGGAUGGCACAGUGACAGUAGAGCAGCUGCUGAGCCUUUUACACACUUACAACUGCUCCAUCCAGAGAGAGCAGCUUGUAAAUCACCUGCACAGGCUCAAGGUUUCCAUGGAUGAUAACUACACAAGGCUAACUUACCUGGAAUUCCUGUCUGCAUUUAACCAUAAAGUGGAGAAGAAACGCAAACCUCCCCCUGGCUCCCCCGAUGCUGUGCACCAGAUAGAGUCUCUGGACAACCUCAGUCCUGCCAUGGCGCUAGCCAAGAUACGAGAUCUUGCCUCUGUCUCUGCACCCAAUCUUUAUAAGGCAUUCUCAGCCUUCGACCAGAGUGGGACAGGGGUAGUUGGGGCUCUUGAGUUCCGCCGGGUGCUGGAGAAUUUUUGUGCUCGACUGUCAGACAGACAGUACAGGUACAUGCUGACCAAACUGGAGCUGGACAGUGAGAAGUGCACUGUUAACUGGAAGGACUUCCUCAACAAGUUUCAGUCCCAGAGUCCACAGAUGUUGGAGAGCGCUUCGGGUAGAAACACGGAGCGAGAGACCAACCUCAGAUCAUCAAUCCAGACCAAGACCUCAGGAGUCACAGAGCUUCUACGGCACGUCCAGGAAGGAGUCUCAGGUCAUUUACAUGAAAUCACCAAAGAGCUGAUGGAAUUGGACCCCUCCAACAGCACUGAAAUCUCUAAAGAGCAGUUCAGACAGCUUUGUGAUCGGCACUGCCUGAGACUCACAAAUGACCAGUUUGAGUGUGUGUGGAAUCAGAUGCCUGUCAAUGAGCAGAGGAAGCUGCAGUACACAGAAUUUCUAAAGCGGUUUGGUGGGCUGGACAGGAACCUUUCCCUCCCUGAGCCUGGAGGAACAAAGUCAGAAACAAGACCUUUUUGCUCAGACACUGGGGGUGCCAUUCUGCAUCGCACCAAGUCGGCCCCCCAGUCCAGCUCCAGGCGUCCCAGCUCAGUGGGGAGGCCAGGAACAGGAAGCCCGUUGGGCAGCACAGAGAGGAGGCUGCGUGGGACAGUGCAACGCUGCUGGAAGGAGAUCCAGAAGAAAUGCGCUGAGCAAGAUGCUCAACAAGACGGACACAUCGGUGCUGCCUCCUUCCUGGAGAUUCUCCAGUCUCUCAACAUUAAUAUGACACAGGAUCAGUUUGCAUACCUGGCUGGGAAGCUGGACGUCAUGAACGACGGUCGUGUUUCAUAUCAAGACUUCCUUCGUCACUUCCUCCUUAACUUAAAACCAGCGGAGGCCAAGGGGGCAUUUGAGCGGCGAAAACUUCCUCUUCCCAUCACACUGGCGAGGCCGGGUGUUCUCAGCAAAGACUGUGUGGAGGUCAUGUUGAGGAUCUACGAGUCAGUUCGCUCGUCUUGGACUUCCGUCAGACGGUGCUUCCUGGCGUCUGACUGCGACCGUACAGGAAGUGUUACCAUGCAGGACUUCAGGAGGGUGCUGCAUCGUUUCAAAGUGAGUCUCUCGGCCGAGGAGUUCUUCCACCUCAGCUCUUAUUUUGACGCCAAUACUACGGGGAAAAUCUGUUACGACAACUUCCUUUGGGUGUUCCUCCACUGACCUUCGAUCAGACGCCUCCAGCAGCUCUCAGGUUUACUUAGUGUCAAGGACUUUGCUGUAUUGGUGUGGUAAUACGUCCAAAAAGCCUGGGACAUCCUAUACUUGUUGACACAAAAUCUAACUUUAAUACUGAACUAGAAUGUGACUUCUUUUCACUAUAUCUGUUAGGAAUUACCAAUCAUAGAUGAUACUGGAGAUAUUGUGACUAGUUUUUGAUUGGUGAUGUUGUGGAUUUAUUUGUCUGAACUUUAGGGCUGGGUGUUGAUGGAGCACUAGUUGCUGGAUGACCUCCUUUGCCAAUAGAUAGUUUAUUCAUGCUGUGGAAGUUCAGUAGGGAGUAGGGAGCAGUAGGGUAUAACCCCUACUGCAUAGGGGUUAUACCAUUCUAGGAUUAGUCGACUUUACUGCUGUUCCAUAACACUUUAUGCAUCAUGUUAACUAGUCACUGAUCGUGUGACAAUAGUAACAUGGACGCCUCUGAGAAGGCAGGUGAGGAGCACAGUGGGUCAUUGCAAAAUGUAUAUCAUGGUAUUUUUCAUAAUUCUGACGGUAUCACAAUAUAUUACGUUUUUUGUUGUUUUUUUUCCAUGCAUAAUCACAACAUCUUCUACUGGUUGAGAAAGGAAUUAAUGCACUAGAUUGACU